UGACAUCAUCUGCGUAUGUUUUCCGUCGGUAUUGGAUCUUUCUGGUGUUUACGGUGGGAUCUGAGGGGGUUUCUGCCUGCGAAGGAACGUUUUGCGGAGCGUGCUGACAGAGCAGCCUGUCUGCAUCCGCUGAUUACUAAUUCAUGCUUUUGGCGUCGGCGCGAGUCGAGUCGCACGCACGACCUCGUCCUCGGCGGGCAAGAUGCUGCUGUCAGCGAUCCCCAGGCACGUGCUGCAGCGCGGCCCGCGGGCGCGCAGCCUGUCCCCGCGUCGCGUGCUGAAAACCAACGCGGCGGACGCGGCGCCGAGGGACGGCCCGUUCGCGUGCGCGUGGCGCGUUUCGAGGAGAGACGGCGCGCCGAGCGAGAGCGCCUCGGCGCCCCUGAACGCGGGCUCGCGCGCGCAGUACCACCAGCUGACCGCGAGGUGGAUCGCGAGCCUGCAGGGCCGGAGGAGCUCGUGGAGCGCGCUCGCGGCCGGGGGGCGCGAGAAGGGCUACUGGGACGAAGGGCGCGAAGACGGCGGAAAGGGCGAAAGGAGUGAAAGGCGCUGUGGGGCAGCGUCGGCCGGAGUGCUGUCGGCGGCUGCCUUGGCCUACUGUUUAAAGAAGGACUCUGACUCGAAAGGCGACGCUCUGCUGGAAGCUUCGAGGACCAGUAACGUUCAAGACGUUGCAAGGUUGCUGGCUGAGGGAGUCGACCCAAAUUACCGCCACCGCCUGGGAUGGACCCCGCUCAUGGUGGCAUCUAUGAACCGGCUGCACAAUGUGACGAAGGCCCUGCUGGAUGGUGGCGCUGAUCCAAACCUGGGGGACGACUUCAGCAAUGUGUACAGCUACUCGCGCGAGAAGGGAAUUCACUCUCUUGAAGUGCUGGUCAUCAGAGAGGACGAGUUCAGCAACCGGCUGAAUGGCCGAGCCAAUUUUCGGGGCUGCACACCAUUGCACUACGCCGUUCUCGCAGAUGACCUGCGUAUAGUGCACAUGCUCCUGGAGGCAGGUGCCAACCCCCUACUGACCAAUGAGCUGGGUCAUACGCCGCUGGCGUACGCCAAAAAGGGGGAGAUGCAGACUCUGCUGAAGGAGUGGGAGGGCAAGUUUCAGGAGGAGCAGCGGCGUCGAGAGGCUGAGGAACGGCGGCGAUUCCCACUGGAGCGCCGGCUACGGGAACACAUCAUCGGCCAGGAGGGCGCAAUCAACAUGGUGGCCUCAGCCAUCCGGCGGAAGGAGAACGGCUGGUAUGAUGAAGAGCACCCCCUUGUCUUCCUCUUCCUUGGCUCCUCUGGAAUCGGCAAGACGGAACUGGCCAAGCAGGUAGCCCGAUACAUGCACAAAGACAUCAAGAAGGGGUUCAUACGAAUGGACAUGUCAGAAUUUCAGGAGAAACAUGAGGUGGCCAAGUUCAUCGGUUCUCCGCCCGGCUACGUGGGCCAUGAGGAGGGGGGGCAGCUCACCAAGCAGCUCAAGCAGUGUCCCAAUGCAGUGGUGCUCUUCGACGAGGUGGACAAGGCCCAUCCUGAUGUGCUCACCAUCAUGCUGCAGCUCUUUGAUGAGGGGAGGCUAACGGACGGGAAGGGCAAGACCAUCGAAUGCAAAGAUGCCAUCUUCAUCAUGACCUCCAACGUGGCGAGCGAUGAAAUCGCCCACCAUGCACUGCAGCUACGGCAGGAAGCGCAAGAGCAGAACCGCCGACGACUGGCAGACAAUCUGGAUGAUGUUCAGUCUAGUCACAAAAUCACCAUAUCAAAGCAGUUCAAGGAAAAUGUGAUCCGGCCCAUUCUGAAGUCUCACUUCAGGAGAGACGAGUUUCUCGGCCGCAUCAAUGAGAUCGUCUACUUCCUGCCCUUCUGUCACUCGGAGCUCAUCCAGUUGGUGAGCAAGGAGCUCAACUUCUGGGCGAAGAAGGCCAAGCAGAGACACAACAUCACCCUGCUGUGGGACCGUCCCGUCCUGGACCUUCUCGCUUCUGGGUACAACCUUCACUACGGUGCGCGAUCCAUCAAACAUGAGGUCGAACGCCGCGUGGUGAACCAGCUGGCUGCGGCCUACGAGCAGGAACUGCUGCCCAAGGGCUGCACCUUGCGCCUCUCAGUGGAGGGCCACACCGAGGACCCAGGGGCCCCCGGCCUCCGUCUGGAGAUCGUGGGAGAGGACAGCACCUCGCAGAAGCUCGACAUCCAGCCGCCGUUCAACCCGGAAGAGACGGCCCACUUUAAGUGAGCGCGAGCGGAGCCCCGCCCGUGGAGCUGGAACCCCGUGAGGGGAAGAGGCCCAGAAAGAGGGCACCACGAUUAAACACGUUCCACACGUCUGCUUUGAAUACACAUCGUCAGCACAUCGUCGUACACAUCGCCUCGGGCACUUUGCGACACGCCUGAAAUUACCAUAGUAAAGCCUGAUACCAUUGUAGUAUUGUGAGAGCGUCAUCUUCUGUAGAAGUGCUGCGAGGAUGAGCACCAUGUGUCGUAAGGAAACACAGCGAGGAGCUCCAUUCGUAGUGAUAAUGUAAUACAUUUACUCUUCAUGUACAAUUUAUCUUACGAUGUUCGUUGUUACCAUUCAGUGUAUAAUAUAAAAAUGUCUGCAGCUGAAAAUGAUGCUCAAUCACAAUAUUUAUUGCUAAUGUACCAUUGCAAAGCCUAGUUUUCAUAUGCAACGUUGUUGCUGUGCCCUCGGGCAUCGGGGAAGCUGUAGAAAAUGCCGGAACGCUGCAAAAGGAAAUUCAGAGGUGGAAGGGUUGGAGGGGGGCAGCUGUGCUGAGGAGAAGGGGAACGAUGUUCACGUGGUUGUCGGUGACGCAAAUAAAAGGGAGACAAAGUCA